UGCAAGCUGGAGAGUGGGAGGUGUCAACAUAGGAGCAAGGGGGGAAUGCAGUUGACCAGAGCCGGAAAAGCGGCAGUUUGCCAGGGCUUGGAUUCCGGAGUGAGCCCAGUGACGGAGCCGCAGCUCCAGAGGGAGGCGGCUCGCUCCGGGGACACGGUGAACGGCAGUAUGAGAGAGCGGAGCGGAGCCACCGCCACCGGUUUCUCAAAUACUCAACUGCAUGUCAGAAGCAAUUCUGAGUCAAGUCCACCUUUAGAGUUCAGAGGCCAUCUUCAGCAGCUCAGUUCUGUACCAUGCAUUCAGCAAACAGGAAGAAAGCUACCCAACAAAUCAUCAGUCAGGAAAGUCACUGCCCAAAAACCUCAAGUACCUCCUAAGCCUGUCUAUCUUCAAGCCUUGUGUCAAGAAGCACCAUUUCAGCUGAUUCCUCCAGCUCCAUCAAGGCCUUUGCCAGCUGACCCUAAGCUAACCAAGAGCUCCUGUUCAGAGGCUGUGAGCAAAGAAACACUGGUGUUGUCUUGUGUCUCCUCACUUAUUGAGAAAUUUGAAAGUGUCAGGCAGCUAAGUCCAGAGUUCACCAAAAGAAAUCAGCUGAUUUUAUCCCUGAAAAUGGAGCAAUCACAGGAUUCCUCUGAGUGUGCAGCAUCUGACAGUGAAUUGGAACCCGCAGGAUAUUCAACUGAGAGCACAGCAGACAAAACUGAAUCUAAUGAAACAGAAAUUGGCAUGGAAGGGGUGGAACACUCCAAUGAGGGCAAUGCUACAAUGACAGACAGUGUAAAAGACAAUGGCUGUACAAGCAUAGCCAGGACUCCAGAGGCAACAGCUGCAGCUGAAACUAGUGAGUCGACUCUGGAGCACAGUGCAAAUGGCAAAAUACCCAACAGAGACAGUGGCAUUGACAGUCCUUCAUGUAGUGGGGAAGGUGAAGUUUUUCCUAAUGAAGAAGGCAUAGAGGAGACAAAGAAUGUCAGUCCUUUGGAGAAUGGAAAUGAUUCUGAGAUCAAGCCUGAUGAUGAUUCUGAAUUACAGCAAAAGAGAGAUUCCACACAGGAAGAUGAUGAUAGUGAUAUGGAUGAAGUCAGCAGUGAAGAAAAUGAACCAACAGAAGUGUCUAAAAUUGAACAGUCAGAAACAAUCAAGUGCACAGAGCCACAGAAGUUGUACAAUAUUGCAAAUGAGCUCCUUAUCACUGAAGAGGCCUAUGUGAAAAGGCUUCAUCUUCUGGAUCAGGUCUUUUGCACGAAAUUAAGUGAAGCUGGCAUUCCACAAGAUGUGAUUACUGGGAUAUUCUCAAACAUAUCCUCAAUCUAUCGCUUUCAUGGCCAAUUUCUAUUACCAGGAUUAAAGACAAGAAUUACAGAAGAAUGGGACAAAAAUCCUCGAAUAGGUGAUAUUCUUCAAAAACUAGCUCCUUUCCUAAAGAUGUAUGGCGAGUAUGUAAAGAAUUUUGACCGAGCAAUGGACCUGGUGAACUCCUGGACACAGCGAUCAUCCCAAUUUAAGUCCAUCAUUCAGGACAUUCAAAAGCAAGACGUUUGUGGUAAUCUGACAUUACAACAUCACAUGUUGGAACCAGUACAACGCAUUCCACGUUAUGAGAUGCUUUUAAAGGAUUAUUUAAAGAAAUUGCCUGAGGAUUCUGAGGAUAGGAACGAUGCGAAGAAGUCAUUGGAGCUUAUUUCAACAGCGGCCAACCAUUCCAAUGUGGCAAUUCGAAAAAUGGAAAAAAUGCACAAACUGUUGGAGGUAUAUGAAAGGCUUGGAGGUGAAGCAGACAUUGUCAAUCCUGCCAAUGAACUUAUAAAAGAAGGCCACAUCCAAAAGCUGUCAGCUAAGAAUGGGUCAGCUCAAGAUCGGUACCUGUUUCUGUUCAACAAUAUGGUUCUUUACUGUGUACCAAAGCUUCGACUGAUGGGGCAGAAAUUCAGUGUGAGAGAAAGGAUUGACAUUGCUGGCAUGCAGGUCCAAGAAAUUACGAAGUCGAAUGUGACUCAUACGUUUACAAUAAUAGGAAAACAACGUUGCUUAGAACUUCAGACCAGGACUGAGGAAGAAAGGAAAGACUGGUUUCAGGUUAUCCAGGCUACAAUUGAAAAGCACAAGCAAAACAGUGAAACAUUCAACAAGGCUUUUAAUAGUUCAUUUUCAAGAGAUGAAGAGUAUCCUCCAGAUUCCCCUGUGCCAGGUGCAACUUGUUCUGAACCCAGUGUAGGAGGAGACUUUUCCAGUCCAUCUACUUUGAUUGAUUCCGGGAAAAAAGCUUCAAAAACAAAACGUGAUAAGGAAAAACAAUCCUGCAAAAGUUGUAGCGAAACCUUUAAUUCUAUUACUAAACGCCGUCAUCACUGUAAACAAUGCAAUGCAAUUAUCUGUGGGAAAUGUUCAGAAUUCAAGCUAUUUGCAGAUAAUAGUCGACAGAACCGUGUGUGUAAGGAAUGCUUUGGAUUACCAGCUCCAGCAGUCCUUUCAAAUCCAGUACCUGAGAAUGUAACAGAGCAGAAGAAAAAAGGAAUCAUGGAGAGACCAAGCUCACUGACGAGUGACAACAGUCUUUUCUGCAGCAACUUGAGUUUUAUGGAAAAAGGAAAAUCCUGGCAAAAGGCAUGGGUAGCUAUUCCCAAAAAUGAUCCAUUGGUACUGUAUUUGCACAUAGGUAGUCAGGAUGGAAAAAAUGCUCGUACUAUCCCGUUGCCUGGCUAUGAGAUCGAACUUCCCAGUUCUGCUGAUACGAUUGAGAAGAAGCAUGCUUUCAAGCUGAGGCAGUCUCAACAGGUCUUUUAUUUUAGUGCAGAUGAUGAAGAGCUUCAAAAAAGGUGGAUUGACAUAAUCUCAAAAACUGCCAAGGGUGAAGUUGAAGAAGAAGCAAGCAACUCAGUAGAAUAAAAAAAACAGUGGCCAAAUUAGCAACAAAUAAGACCAAGGCUGUAUUGCAACUUUCUAUGGUGUUAGCUGUGAUUUCCAAACUUGAAUUAAACAGUGAGGGCACUUUGAUUUGAGCAAGAUGUUUAAAAUUCAAAUAUAAACAUCAGACUUAAGUGUUUUGUGUGUUGGUUUUCAACAAUUAUGGCAAUUAUGUUAUUGAGGAACCUAAGCACAUGAGAAAAGUGUCAUAAUUUGCAACUUAAUCAUGUCAUUCAUUCCAUUCUGGUCCAGUGCAGCAUGGUUUCUGUGUAAAUGUGUUUAACAGCAGUACUUGCAAUUCCUCUGUGCAAGAUGUAUAGUAAUUCAUUAGCUAAAUGUAUGUUCUUAAGUUAAAACUUGUGAAUCCUUGUGGCUGGCCACUUAUGGUCUACAAAUAUCUGUAUCCAAUUCUUUAAACACUCAGUGCUCUUUGUCCUCUGGCAUUUGAUGAUGUAAUUAAUUCUUCUUAAGUAAAAAUGCUAAGUGGAUUUUUUUCUCUCAUUUUCCAUACUGCUAACAAAAGACAGGAAAAUGCUGUACACUUGCAACUUUAUGCUUCCUGUAGCUCUUGUGGUGCAACAACCUGAACCAGAAAUCUGUAUGCCAAUUUUACUUAUUUAUGUAUUGUGCUUUUAAAUAAACAUGCCUGCUUU